GGUCCCAUCAUGGCUGAGCAGGAGGCAGGCUCGGGCUGCCUGCGUGGGAAGCAGCAGCUGCCAGCCUUCUCCUGGGAGGUGAGGGCCAAUGACCGCAGCUACCACAAGCAGUUCAGGAAGAGAUUUGCCUUCUGCCUGUCCAAGAGGAAAUACUCAGGCAAUGCCAUCAAGACAGCCAAGUACAACAUCUUCACCUUCCUGCCCCUCAACCUCUAUGAGCAGUUCCACCGCAUGGCCAAUGUCUACUUUGUCUUUGUCAUCCUGCUUCAGACCUUCCCUGAGCUCUCCACCCUGCCCUGGUACACUCUGCUCCUGCCUCUCGGCUGCCUCCUCUUCAUCCGGGGGCUGCGAGACCUGAUCGACGACAUCGGUCGGCACCGGAGUGACAGAAACAUCAACAGCAGACCCUGCGAAAUCCUCUCCGGGAGGAGCUUCCGCUGGCAGCAGUGGAGAGACCUCUGCGUGGGGGACGUCGUUCGCCUGCGCAGGGACAGCUUCAUCCCCGCCGACAUGCUGCUGCUGAGCAGCUCGGAGCCCGGCAGCCUGUGUUACCUGGAGACAGCAGAGAUCGAUGGGGAAACAAACCUGAAGUUCAGACAAGCUCUUCUGGUCACCCACCAGGAGCUGGUGAGUGAGGAGAGCAUGGCUGCCUUUGACGGGAGGGUGUCCUGCGAGGAGCCCAACAGCCGCAUGCAGAGCUUCGCGGGCAGGCUGCAGUGGCGCGGGGAGAGCUUCCCCCUGGACAGCGGCAGGCUGCUGCCGCGGGGCUGCAGGCUGCGCCGCACCGACCUCUGCCACGGCCUGGUCAUCUACGCAGGUCUUGAUUCCAAAAUUAUGCAGAACUGUGGAAAGAUCCAUCGGAAGCGCACGAAGCUGGACAGCCUGAUGGACCGGCUGGUGGCCCUGAUGUUCCUGGUGCUGCUGCUCACGUCGCUGUGCCUCGGCAUCGCCGCUGGAUUCUGGGCCAAGACGUUCCAGGAGAAGCACAGCUACCUGGCUGCUCUCUACAGGCACACCACUGCUGCCCAGCAGGCCUUCUUCAGCUUCUGGGGCUUCACCAUCCUCCUGAGCAUCAUCAUACCCAUGUCCAUGUACAUCACGUUCGAGUUUGUCUCCCUGGUGAACAGCUUCUUCAUCAGCUGGGACCUGGAGAUGUACUGCCCUGAGAAGGAUGCCCCAGCACAGGCCAGGAGUGCCAGCCUGGGCGACCAGCUGGGCCAGGUGGAGUACAUCUUCUCCGACAAAACUGGCACCUUGACCCAGAACGUGAUGACCUUCAGGAGAUGCUGCAUCAAUGGCACCAUCUACGGAGCUCCUGGUGGGCACAGGCUGGUGGAGACUUGUGAGGGAGGCGCUGGCACAGCCCAGGAGGACAAGCAGGCACCGGGGUUGGGGUUGACCUGGAGGCAGCUUGGGGAGAAGAAGUUGCACUCCUGCAAUGUGCCACUGCUGGAAGCUGCCCGGCAGGACAGCGACCCUGUGCUGAGAGAGUUCCUGAGGGUGCUGGCACUGUGCCACACUGUCAUGGUGGAGGAGAAGGGAGACCAGCUGGUUUACCAGGCAGCUUCCCCAGACGAAGAAGCCCUGGUGCUGGCAGCCAAGGACCUGGGCUAUGUGUUCCUGGGACGGACACAGGACUCCAUCACCAUCAGUGAGCUGGGAGUGAAGAGGACCUACGAGGUCCUGGCCAUGCUGGACUUCAGCUGCGACCGCAGGAGGAUGUCUGUGCUGGUGCGAGACCCCCAGGGCACGAUCCGGCUCUACACCAAGGGUGCUGACACAGUCAUCCUGGAGAGGCUGCAGGGGAGGGGUCCCACUGAGGCCUUCACCGAGAGGGCUCUGGACCUCUUUGCCCGGGAGGCGCUGAGGACCCUGUGCCUGGCCAGCAGGGAGGUGAGCGAGGCUGAGUACCGCUCCUGGCGCAGGAGGCACCACCAGGCCAUGGUCGGGCUGCAAGACCGCGCGCUGGACAGGCUCUACGAGGAGAUGGAGCAGAGCCUGCAGCUGCUUGGGGCCACGGCCAUUGAGGACAAGUUGCAGAAUGGAGUCCCUGAGACCAUCCAGCUGCUGAAACUGGGCAACAUUAAAGUGUGGGUACUGACAGGAGACAAACAAGAGACUGCUGUGAACAUUGGCUACGCCUGCAGGCUGCUCACCGACGACAUGGAGCUGCUGCAGGAGAAGGAGGUCAGUGAGAUCCUGCAGGCUUGCUGGGUGAGCAACAACAACCUCAGCAGCAGUGGAGAAGCUCUGUGCAGUGCCCACCUCUCCCGUCAGUGCCCCAGGGCUUCGCACCACAAGAAGAGAGCUCUCAUCAUCAGUGGGGACCUGCUGGACAAGAUCCUGCAGACGGGCGAGGUGCUGAAGCAGCAGGGGAGGCUGCGGCGAUGGCUGAGUGCCCGCAGGGCCACAGGCUCCCCGGAGCAGGGCACUCUGCUGGAGAAGGCCUUUGUGGACUUGGCCACCAGCUGCCAGGCAGUGAUCUGCUGCAGGGUGACCCCGAAGCAGAAAGCCCUCAUGGUGCAGCUGGUGAAGAGGCACAAGAAUGCCACCACGCUGGCCAUCGGGGACGGUGCCAACGAUGUCAACAUGAUCAAAACCGCUGACAUCGGGGUGGGCAUCAGCGGGCAGGAGGGCAUCCAGGCCGUACAGUGCAGCGACUAUGCCCUGGCGCAGUUCUGCUUCCUGCAGCGCCUCCUGCUGGUGCACGGCCGCUGGAGCUACCUCCGCGUCUGCAAGUUCCUGCGGCACUUCUUCUACAAGACCUUCGCCGGGCUCAUGGCGCAGGUCUGGUUUGCCUUCCACAGUGGAUUCACAGCUCAGCCUCUGUACGAGGGAUGGUUCCUGGCACUCUACAACAUCUUCUACACUGCCUGCCCGGUGCUGUCCAUGGGGCUCCUGGAGCAGGAUGUGAGUGCCAAGCAGAGUCUGGAGUUCCCCGAGCUCUACGUGAUCGGGCAGCAGGAUGAGCUCUUCAACUACCGUGUGUUUGGUGCCACCUUCCUGCACGGGGCCAGCACCUCCCUCGCCAGCUUCUACAUCGCCCUCUGGGCCUUCCAGGACCACGUGGGCAGCAAAGCCGUGGGUGACUACGAGUCCUUCGCGGUCACCGUGGCCACGUCGGCGCUGCUGUCCGUCCUGCUGGAGAUCAUCCUGGACACCAAGUUCUGGACUGUGCUGUCCUUCCUGGCGGUCACAGCCAGCCUGCUCUUCUUCUGCCUCUUCUCCUUCCUGACUCAAAGUGUUGAUGCCUUCAGGAUUGCUCCUACUGUCUUCCCCUUCCCAGAUGCCAGCUGGAACGCCCUGACCGACCCCUACGUGCUGCUGGUGGUGCUGCUGUCCCUCGUGGUCAACACCAUCCCCUCGCUCACCAUCCAGCACUACCGCUCCGCGGCAGGCAGAGCUACCAUCCAGCAGAAGAUCUGCUUGAAGGCCAAGCGGGCACCGGAGCCCUCGGUGGAGCUGCGUGCCCACGGUCCCCGCAGCUCCUCGCAGCGCCGCUCCAGCUAUGCCUUCUCGCACCAGGAGGGCUACGCAGGGCUCAUCACCCGCGGGCACAGCCUGCGCUCUGGGGCCGCCCCGCAGCUCCUGCCCCCGGGCACUGCCCCGCCUGUCCCCCCCCCUCCCCGCACCCUCGGUGUAGCUGCCCCAGCUGGCAUCAGCCUCCCGGCGCGGAGGGCGAGGGGCAGGGGUCUGCGUUCAGCUGCAGUCGAGGACCUGCUCCCCAGGGACUCCCUGGACCUGCCCCCAUGGUGCAGACCCGACCAGGACCAGGUUCCUCCUUCCGUGGCCACUUCUGAAUCCCUGUGGGGUGCCUCAGGAGCCUGUGCAGCUCGGGGGCUGCAGAGGGGCUGGUCCAGCCUGGGGGUUGCUGCUCCGGGUGCUGAGCCCUGGGAUGUGUCCCACUGGCAGCUCCAUCCACCCACACAGCCUUUGCAGGAGCCUACAAAGCCAUGAAGACCACCGACCUCCCCCUCACCACGGCCCUGCCCUCUGCUGAGCCUCUCGGAGCUGAAGUUCCACCUGCCCGGGGCUGAUCCUGCUCCAGGCUGGACCCACAGACAGCAGCUCUGCUGCCUUGGGCUCCUGGUUCCACCUCGGAGGUGCAGGGUGGGGCUGGGGGGUGGGGGCAGGCCCCCAGCCCUCAUGUGCAGGGGCUGCAUGAAAACCCUCAUCUUGUUCUGCCACAGCUGCAAGGAGCACAGGGCAGACCCAGCCCCAUGCAGAGGGGCAUCAGAUUGGGCUCCAGAGGUGCAGUCCCAGAACAGCUCCUGGCUCCCUGCAGCCUCUCCGCCUCGCUCCUCUCUACCUGCACUUGGGAGGUGCCAUGGAGGUAGUGUCUACCAUGUGCCAUGUCCUGUCUCCACAGCAGCCAUGUCCCCCUCCCCCGGGGCUGAUGUCCUCACCUUGGGCACAACUUUGUGGCCAUGAUUUGUGUCCUGCAAAUCCCUGGGAAGUGCUUUGGGUGAAGCUUUGGGUGACAUGGAUCAGGUCUGCACAAUGUGGGGAGCAGCAUGUGUCCUGCAGAGCUGUGGGCCAGCUGCCUGCCCCCCAGCCCA